CUGCGUUGCGUUUUGUGAACCCCGCUUGUCCGACUGACGACUGACGACUCGGUUCUAUUGAUUUUGUCGUGUACGUCUAUCCCGCAACUGGAACCGGAAAAUAAUUGUUUACUUCAAUUUUUCUCGCCGAUUUUCACCGUUGACGAUCAUCCUUCAAUCGAAGAAUUAUUCCCAUAUACCGUGAAAAAUGACUCCGGAAGGUUACACACGAGUCUACGUCGGCGGUCUAAACGAGUCGAUCAAGAAGGAAGACUUGCAGAAUGAAUUCGAGAAAUUCGGCAAGCUGAACAAGGUCUGGGUGGCGUUCAAUCCUCCAGGCUUUGCCUUCAUCGAGUUCCUGAACAUGGAUGAGGCUGAGAUGGCCUGCAGUAACAUGAACGGAUCCGAGAUUCUCGGUGCCAAGUUGAGAGUAGAGAUAUCUCGUGGUCGAGGUCGUGGGGGCAGGGGAGGUUCAGGAGGAGGAGGAGGUGGAGGAGGAGGUUACCGAGGUGGCUCCAGAGGGUUCAAUUCCCGAGGAAGCAGUGGCGGUGGUGGUUAUAGGGGCAGCAGCGGGUACGGAGGUGGCGGCGGCGGCGAUCAAGGUGGAUAUUACGCAGGCAGGGGAGGCUCCAAUAGGUCUAGAGGUCGCUACGGAGAAGACUAUUCCAACAGUGGUUAUUCCACUCGCGAUUCCUAUUCACAAGACAGCUAUGGUGCUGGUGGCGGAGCCAGCACCGACUACUACAAGGAUUCCGGCUCCUCGAGGUAUCGCAGCCGAUCUCCUGCUGCACGUAGCAGUCAUCGUCAUCUGCGCGAAUGCACGUAAAACAACUUCAAAGCUACGUUCCCAAUACGAAGUGCGGGGCCAAUCAACCCGCCUCGACGACUACUCUGUCCAAUCUUCGCAGCGACGUGUACAUAAUAAUUACUAUACUACUAUUACGACUUAUGCUAAUGCAUUCUUCCCCAUCGUAUGAUCUGGAUAUCUGGUUUACAGGAUGCUCACGUGACCAAUUGACGUCCCUUGUUUUUUCAGUUUUGUCUCACGCUCUGUCAAGUACCACUAAGUUUUAACGCUGCUGAUCAGAUUAGAAACAACUCUAAUUGCACGGCUAUCGAUAUACCAGUUGUGGUUUACAUCGAGAGUUUCUUCUAGUUAAGUAAAGUUUUAUUUUCAAAUUAAAGACAUCCGUUACAAAAAAAAGUUGGUUUAAAGCUCAGUUUGACUUAGUUAACAAAUUAAAAAGUAAAGCUUAUUUUUUUUCACUUUAGCCUUUUUUUAGUGACCAUUUUGUACGAAAAGUGAGAAAAGUUUGGUGCUACGUGCAAUCUGUAGGCCAUGUUACGCAUUUACGAGAGUAAUAGUAUCUCAAGAAAAAAAUAGAUAAAAAAUGAGAAAAGAUUUAAUGGUCUUUGAAAUUUGUUUUUAUCCCUUUCACGAUCGUACGAAGGCAAAAGAAACUUACUUAUUCUGGCAACAAUGUUAUUUAUCUCAAUUGUAAAUUAAUUGGAAUUGAAGACAUUAAAUAUCUUGCGCUCAUUA